AUGACUUCAAGUGAAGAUAAAACGAUGGAAGAACAUUCUACUGAACGUAAAAGAAAAAUGGCUUCGCAACCAAGCUUUGACGAUGAAAUGGAUUUGGAUGGGUUUAGUGAACUUGACAAGCUUGAUCCUGUCGAUUCACAACAACAACAAUCAACACAACAAUCUUCCCUUCAGUCUUCUGCUCCAUCGUGUAGUUCUACUAGUAAUCCUGUUCAUAAUGGACCGGUAUUUUAUUUUUAAAUGUCUUAAGGGGGAAUCACUCGAAGGGGGUUGGGGGGUCGGUUCGGAGCAGAAGAACCGAGGAUUUUUUGGUGUGGUUCCGGAUAUCUGAGGAUUUUCCAAGAACCAACAGUUCUAGUUGUGGGGGAUUUCUCAGUCUCUGAGGGCUUUGAGAGAGAAAUUAAGGAUGAGAAAGGGUAUAUGGGGGGGGGAGGUAAUAUUCUGAAAUUGUCUCCUCAGAACAAUGCAAAGCAGAAAUUUCUCCUUCUGAUAGAAACAUAGCGGGGGUGA